AUGGCUGGCGGGAAAGAAACCUCAUCAUCCGAGGUUACCUCUGCCUCAUCAGGGGCUGUCAAUCCGAUUCAGAUUGAUGGAUUUGAAGCCCCCUUUCAGCAAAUCACGAGUCACAAAUUCAAUGGACAGAAUUUUGUCCAAUGGUCACAUUCCGUAAUGAUGUUCAUAGAAGGAAAAGGAAAAGAAGACUACCUCACCGGUGAUGCUGCACAACCGGAUGAGAAGGAUCCCAAGUUUAAAACUUGGAAAACAGAAAAUAGCAUGGUUCGGUCAUGGCUGAUCAACUCCAUGAAUACCGAGAUGGGAGAAAACUUUAUGUAUUACAAAACACCAAAGGAGAUGUGGGAUGCGGUGAAGCGGAGUUAUUCCAACAGGGAAAACACUUCAGAGAUUUUCAGGCUCAAGGGAAUUCUGAACGAUCUUCACCAAGGAGAACUAAACGUAAUGGAAUACUUUAAUACUCUAUCACGCCAUUGGCAACAACUGGACAUCCUUGACGAAACAACAUGGCAUUGUGCUGAGGAUCAUAAGCGAUACAAGGAAAUUCUGGAAAGAGAUAGGGUGUACAAGUUUUUGCUUGGUCUUAAUAAAACCUUAGAUGAUGUUCGUGGAAGGAUCUUAAGCACGAAGCCUCUACCAGAUAUGCUUCUGCCUUCGCCGCACGAGGACCACAAUCCAAUAGCGAGAACCAACAAAGAAGAAACCGGCCUUGGUGUGAUCAUUGCAAGCGAUCCGGACACACCAAAGAUAGUUGCUGGAAAAUCCAUGGGAAACUAG